AGUCAGUUGUUGUCGUCCCUCCCACAAUUUCCUUCCUCUUUCUAUUUAUUUGUUAUUGUAAACAACAAAAGCCAUCAAGACAUCACUUAUAUCUCUAGCUAUCUCCUUCGAAACAAACAAUUAACUAUUUCUCCAUGUAUAAUUAAGGUAUAGUCUUGUGUUGUAUUGAGGUUAAUUACUUGGACGCACAAGUAGUUUCAUCAUGAACGCAAGGGGACAAAAAUUUGUGAGGUUUGAUGAUUGGAGAUCAGAGUCAUCUUUUAGUAUAGAGAAUGAAGAUUUUGUAAACAAAAGAAAAAGGAGACCAAGUGUAAGUGAUGUUUUGAAGAGUAUGGGAAGAAGAUUUGAGAGUGGAUCAGAGAAGAUGAAGAAAUUCAGAAGACCUUCUUCAAUAGUCCAUCCUGUAAGUGAAGGACAAACAAAGAAACCGACUUAUUCUAAGCGAAAAAUUCUUGAUCCACAAGGGCCAAUGCUUCAGAAAUGGAACAAAAUCUUUGUACUCACAUGUGUUAUGGCAAUUUCAAUGGACCCUCUUUUCUUUUACAUUCCAGUGAUUGUUGGUAGAGAAAAAUGUCUUGAUUUGGAUGGAACAUUGCAGACUACUGCUAGUGUUCUUCGCACCUUCUUCGAUCUUUUCUACAUUCUUCGCAUCAUCUUUCAAUUUAGAACCGGAUUUAUUGCACCUUCUUCUCGUGUUUUCGGAAGGGGUGAGCUCAUUGAUGAUCCUGUCGCGAUAAUUAAAAGAUACUUGAGUUCUCAUUUCAUCAUUGACAUUCUAUCAAUUCUUCCAAUUCCACAGGUUAUAGUUUUGGCUAUAAUUCCACACCUGAAAAAUUCAGGUCCAUUUGCAGCAAAGGAUUGGUUGAAGUAUACAGUAUUAAUUCAGUAUGUGCCUAGACUCCUGCGGAUUCGUCCACUAUUCAAAGAAGUAACUAGAACUUCAGGCAUAUUAACAGAGACAGCAUGGGCUGGGGCUGUUUACAAUCUUUUACUCUACAUGCUAGCAAGUCAUGUGGUUGGAGCUAACUGGUAUCUGCUUUCAGUAGAAUCACAGGUGCGGUGCUGGCGCCGAGAGAUGAAGAAUGCAUCGCUCUUUCAUGACUCAUACUUGGGUUGUGGACGCCAAAAUGAUACGGUCUCCUUACUUCUCAAUAGUACAUGUCUUUUGGUUGACCCUGAUCAAAUCAAUGACUCAUACACCUUCAAUUUUGGAAUAUUUUUCGAUGCUCAACAAUCCCGUGUGAUAGAUGCAACAACUGAUUUUCCUCAGAAGUUCUUCUACUGUUUUUGGUGGGGUUUGCGCGGUUUAAGUUCUCUUGGACAAAACCUCAAGACAAGUACUUAUGUCCCGGAGAUAGCCUUUGCAAUUUUCAUUGCCAUCUUUGGACUAUUUUUAUUCUCACUACUUAUUGGAAACAUGCAGAAAUAUCUGGAAUCUACAACUGUUAGGGAGGAAGAGAUGAGAGUGAAGAGGAGGGAUGCAGAACGGUGGAUGUCGCACCGUAUGUUACCUGAUAACUUGAAGCAAAGAAUUAGAAGGUAUGAACAAUACAAAUGGCAAGAAAAUAGAGGUGUUGAAGAGGAGACAUUAAUUCAUAACCUCCCUAAAGAUCUCAGAAGGGACAUAAAGCGUCACCUUUGCUUAGCUUUAGUCAAGAAAGUGCCAAUGUUUGAGAAAAUGGAUGGGCAAUUGUUAGAUGCAAUGUGUGAUAGACUGAAGCCAGUUCUAUAUACAGAGAAGAGUUGCAUUGUUCGCGAAGAGGAUCCGGUCGAUGAAAUGCUUUUCAUUAUGCGUGGAAAAGUUGCUACCAUGACUACAAAUGGUGGAAGAACUGGUUUCUUCAACUCCUUAUUUCUAAUGCCUGGUGAUUUUUGUGGAGAGGAGCUUCUAACAUGGGCUUUGGAUCCUAACUCAUCCUCAAAUCUACCUACUUCAACUAGAACAGUUGAAACUAUAUCUGAAGUUGAAGCAUUUGCACUCAUGGCUGAUGACUUGAAGUUUGUUGCUUCCCAAUUUAGACGUCUUAUAAACAGCAAACAACUCCAACACACUUUUAGGUUAUAUUCACCCCAAUGGAAGACAUGGGCUGCAUGUUUCAUACAAGCGGCCUGGCGGCGAUACCGGAAAAAGAAGAUUGAUAGGACAUUGCGUGAAGCAGAAGACAAGCUACAAAAUGCUUUGGCAAAUGAGGAAGGAUCAACUAUAAGCCUUGGUGCAACCAUAUAUGCAUCAAGGUUUGCUGCAAAUGCAUUACGAAACUUGAGAGAAAAUAACAGACACAACAGAAUGCCGCAGAGACUAUUGCCUCUUUUGCCUCCAAAGCCAGCUGAACCUGAUUUCACUGCUCAGAAACACUAGGCCUAGCUUAGAAAUAUAAGUUUAGAUAUGAUAGAAACAAAACUACCAAAUGGAGUAUGUGAAACAUUAUCCAUACUCCAUUGUAUUUGUAUGCAUAUAUAUAUAUAUAUGUAACUCUGUAAAUUUUGCUUGUAGUAGGACAGAUAUAGUUCAUUUUGUCUGAACAAUAAAACACCUAGCUAGGUGCAUGUGGUUUUAUUUAUAGCACACUUUUUUUGUCCUUUAACAAAUGGUAGCAUUUGAGUAUUAAUUUUGUCUAUGGUACCCAAUUAGUAUUUGUCUA